AUCCGCUUUUUUUUUAUAUAUAAAUUACCGAACGAUAAUUGAAUUUUUAACAUCAUGGAUUCUGAUAUAAGCUUAAACAACGUAAAACAAAAGAAUUUUGAGAUGGAUCAAGCUCACAACAUCAAUGGAGAAUGUAUCGAGAUGCCCGCAGAAGAGAAAGAAGAACGUUCUUCAGAUUGCAACAUACAUUAUGGCGUAGACGACGUACCUCCUUGGUAUAUUACGAUUAUUUUAGGAAUUCAGCAUUAUUUGACUAUGUUUGGUGGAACUGUAGCUUAUCCUUACAUCAUCGCCCCGCAUCUUUGUAUGAGAAAUGACGACCCUGCUCGAGGUUACAUAAUAUCCACAACGUUCUUCGUAUCAGGAAUUGUCACAUUUAUUCAAAGCACAUUUGGAGUCAGGUUACCCAUCGUUCAAGGAAGUUCUAUGGCAUUUUUGGUACCGGCUUUAGCAAUAUUGAAUCUUCCCGAAUGGCAAUGCCCCCUCGAUAUUAAUGGCCACUCGAAUUCUAAUCACUCAUUUACAGAACCCGAAUUCCAAGAAAUUUGGCAAUCUCGAAUGAGACUGAUUCAAGGCUCUAUAGCUACUGCCGCGGUUUUCGAAGUAGCCAUUGGUUUUACGGGACUUGUAGGAUUUUUAUUACGCUGGAUAACUCCUUUAGCGAUUACGCCUACAAUUGCUCUAGUGGGUCUUCCGUUAUUUGCAGAAGCAGCGAAUCACGCCAGUGGAAAUUGGGCUAUCGCUUUCCUAGCCAUAUUGCUACUAGCUUUGUUUUCUCAAUAUUUGAGGGACGUAAAUAUUCCCUGUUGCGCUUAUAGAAAGCCUAAUGGAUGCAUCAAAACAGGAUAUCCAAUUUUUAAACUAUUUCCGGUUCUUCUUACAAUAAUUGUAACUUGGUUAUUCUGCGUCAUUUUGACAGCUGCUAAUGUUUUUUCGGAAGGGAAUUCUGCUAGAACGGAUCUACAAUUGUCGGCUUUAUACGAGAGCCCGUGGUUCAGGUUUCCCUAUCCUGGUCAAUGGGGCAUACCGACAGUGACCACUUCCGCCGUAUUAGGGAUUUUAGCGGGUGUAUUGUCGUCCAUAGUAGAAUCAGUUGGAGAUUAUUACGCUUGCGCCAGAAUAUCGGGUGCAUCCGCACCACCCAUUCACGCCAUCAAUAGAGGUAUUUUCGUAGAAGGAAUCGGUUGUAUCUUAUCGGGACUCUGGGGAACAGGUAGCGGAACUACAUCUUUUAGCGAAAAUAUCGGCGCCAUCGGUAUAACUAGGGUGGGUAGCAGAAGAGUCGUUCAAUACGGAGCAGUAGUGAUGAUUUUAUUUGGAUUCUUAAGCAAGUUUGGUACGCUCUUCAUGACCAUUCCCGAACCCAUUAUCGGUGGAAUAUUUUGUGUUAUGUUUUCGAUGGUAACGGCCGUCGGAUUAUCUAAUCUUCAAUACGUCAAUCUUAACUCCACUAGGAAUUUAUUUAUUUUAGGUAUAAGUCUAUUUUUAGGAAUAUGUAUUCCGAAAUGGUUACAAGCCAAUCCUGGAGCUAUAAAUACAGGAGUACCAACUUUAGACCAGAUUUUCACCAUACUGUUAGGAACUAAUAUGUUUGUGGGAGGAUUUCUUGGAUUUGUGCUGGAUAAUAGUAUCCCAGGUACCGACGAGGAGAGGGGGAUAACAAAAUGGAAUAAACAUAAAACUGAUAAGAACCCAUUUAAAAAUAGCAAUGAUUGUUAUCGACUACCAUUUAGCGAUAGGUUAAACUGUUCGUUUUUCUCAUACAUUCCCAUUUGUUAUUCUUACAACGAAACGAACAUUGUCAAUAAGCUUAAAAAUGUUAAUAUUAACAACAGAAACAAAGAAGAAUAUACAGUGAACGUAAUUAAACUGUAAAGUUUAUAUAAAUGCGCUGCGUGAUAAAUAAAUAGUUUUUAUUUUAAUAAUUACAGUCUUAUUAACAUUAUUAUUAUAAUUGAUGUGCAUACUAACAUGAUUAUUUUCUAAAAAUUUAUAACAUAACAGAUAAGUACAGUGUGGACUUAUACGCACUUAAAACCCUAAAACAUGCAUG